AUGAUGACGUGCCGUCUGCUGUGCGCCCUGUUGGUGCUCGCCCUGUGCUGCUGCCCGUCCGUGUGCGUGACAGCGACUGGUGAAGAUCAAAAUAUGGUUAGCUCCAAUUUAUCGCCUGCUUCGCCAGCAGGAGCAGGUGUUCCGGGGUUACCAAAUACUUCCACGACGUCAAGUUCAACGGUUAUGACCGUUACGUUACCGGGACCCGAAAAUCAGGACGGUGAGGAACAAGCAUCAGACACGAGGAGUGUUACCGGAAAAGGGACAAGUGGAGUGGCCGGUACGUCAGGGAUUACGGGGGACAGUGCGGAACAGCCACGAAUUGAGAACCAUAAAUCACAAGGAACAAGUUCGGAGAACGAUACGGUACAAAAACCAGGUGAGGAAAAGACAUCAGGUACGACGCGCGAUACCGUACAAGAGACAGGCACGGGACCCGUUCCGCCAAAAUCUCCAGAUACAGCAACUCUGGAGUCUAUUACAAAAGAGGGACCAGGUCUGGGCACCGGUGGGUCAGGGUCGUCAGGUGGGUCGGUUAACCCAACUACAUCGUCAAGUUCCGUGACCGCUUCUGUACCGGCACAAAGUAAGAAGGAACAUGCGCCAACCACAACAACCACUACUACGACAAAAGCACCAACUACCACCACCACUACGACUACGGAGGCGCCAACCACAACGACCACCCGCGCACCGUCACGUCUUCGCGAAAUCGACGGCAGCCUCAGCAGCUCUGCGUGGGUGUGUGCCCCGCUGCUGCUCGCCGUAUCCGCGCUGGCGUACACCACUCUGGGCUGA